UUGGGACAAAGAUGGGCGUUGACGUUGGGGUGGCAGGGGAGAGAUAUUGCUAAACUAAACUAAACUGAUCUGAAGAUUCUGCCGAACGUGGAAAAGAGAAGUUGAAAAACACGAAAAGAAUUAUAAUGAGUGUUUCUGAAAGUGGGGUAUUUUGAUUGAUUGAUUGAGUGACUGAUCAUUGAUCAAAAUCAUAAGAGAAUGGGUGGGAAUGGGUGUCAGGAAGUGGCGAAUACGAGGCCUCUCUUCUUGGCGAUCUACGCCACUGUUAUCAUUGGUGUUGUCUUCUCGUCUUUCUAUGUCUUCUCUGCUAUAUCCUCUGCCAAGUCUGCAGCUGACUCGAACACCUCCUGGCUCUCCUCUCCUUUCCCUUCUAUUGCCAAUGUAGAUUCUCAGCCAAGAGAGCAAGCACUCAAUUUUUCUCCACCAGCAACUGUGGGUAAAGUAGGUGUGCCUGCACCAGUGCCUCAAAGCACGUUGAUGCCACCCAUCUGGGAAGUUCCCCCACGAACUGAAAAAAUGCCACCUUUGAAGGCUUUUCAGCUGUCUAAAGAAUUAGUUCAGCAAAGGGUGAAAGAUAAUGUCAUCAUAGUGACCUUUGGUAAUUAUGCAUUCAUGGAUUUUAUCCUGACCUGGGUUAAACACUUGACAGAUUUGGGGCUCUCCAACCUUCUUGUUGGUGCGAUGGAUACCAAAUUGUUAGAGGCUUUGUAUUGGAAAGGUGUUCCUGUUUUUGAUAUGGGCAGCCAUAUGAGCACAGUAGAUGUUGGUUGGGGCUCUCCAACAUUUCAUAAGAUGGGGAGAGAAAAAGUAAUUCUGAUCGACUCCGUCCUCCCUUAUGGUUAUGAGCUGUUGAUGUGUGAUACAGAUAUGGUUUGGUUGAAGAACCCACUUCCAUAUCUUGCUCGUUAUCCUGGAGCAGAUGUCUUAACUUCUAGCGAUCAAGUUAUACCGACAGUUGUUGAUGACAGGCUAGACAUUUGGCAACAAGUUACUGGAGCCUACAAUAUAGGAAUAUUCCACUGGCGGCCAACAGAUUCUGCAAAAAAGUUGGCAAAGGAAUGGAAGGAUAUGCUUCUAGCUGAUGACAAAAUAUGGGAUCAGAAUGGGUUUAACGAUCUUGUACGUAGGCAGUUAGGACCAUCUGUGGAUGAGGACAGUGGACUUGUGUAUGCUUUUGAUGGAAAUCUCAAGCUGGGAAUCUUGCCAGCAAGUAUAUUUUGUAGUGGACAUACUUAUUUUGUCCAGGCCAUGUAUCAGCAGUUCAGAUUAGAGCCAUACGCAGUGCAUACCACAUUUCAGUAUGCAGGUACCGAAGGAAAGCGCCACCGGCUGCGUGAAGCCAUGGUUUUCUAUGAUCCACCAGAAUACUAUGAUUCCCCAGGAGGUUUCUUAUCGUUUAAGCCGUCUCUUCCAAAGAACUUGUUACUAGUUGGGGAACAUAAUGUUGAAUCACACUUUUCUCUUGUUAAUUACCAAAUGAAGCAAAUAAGGACUGCACUUGCUGUUGCUUUAUUGUUGAAUCGUACACUGGUCAUGCCUCCACUAUGGUGCAGGUUGGAUAGACUGUGGUUUGCGCACCCUGGAGUUUUGCAAGGGUCUAUGACUAGACAACCUUUUCUUUGCCCUUUGGACCAUGUAUUUGAGGUAAAUGUCAUGUUGAAAGAACUGCCACUGGAGGAAUUUGGUCCUGGGAUCAACAUUAGGGAGUACUCUUUCCUUGACAAUCCAUCAGUGCCAAAAGAGGUGAAAGAAUCAUGGCUAGAUGUUCAGCUUUGUCAAGAAGGAACCGGUGAUUGUCAUGCAUCUAAUGAUACCAUUACACCAGGCAUACUCAGAUUUCCAAAGCGCAGCAAUGAUGCAACGUUCAAGGCUGUGUUCUCCACAUUCAAGGAUGUCAAAGUCAUCCAGUUCUCUUCAAUGCAAGAUGCUUUCCUAGGUUUCAAUGACAAGACAAUGGAACAGAAAUUCAGGAAUCGCGUGAAGCGGUAUGUUGGUAUAUGGUGUUGUGUGAGUAAUCACACUCCCGGACACAUAUAUUAUGAUAUGUACUGGGAUGAGAAACCCGGUUGGAAACCGAUACCGCCUCAAACUCCAGAGGAUGAUCACCCACCUUUGUGAUGCCCAACUUUAGGCUUAUGUUGGUCGAAAUACCACAAGAGCAAUGGAGAAAACAUCCAGAACUGGUUUAGUUCCCAACUCGUUGAAACCAAGUAGGCUGCAUACACUUGUAGAAUGGAAGAGGUCGUAUCCAAAGAGAGGAUCUAAUUUGAUAUAGAGAUGAGAUGACAUUUACAUUGUGUAGCAAUAGAAAUCAUUUUUUAUUUGUAUGAUAUUUUCCGGUGCAAAAAUAAACGGAAGGUAAUGAUGUGGAAGUGGAGAGUGAUACAUCAUUUGCUUUUGAUUAAUAAGUAUUAUGUUAGAGAUUC